AUGAAUUUCAGUUUAUUCUCUACCCUUUUCCUCUUCAUCACCAUAAUAUCUAUUCCUACCGUCGCCGGCACAAAACCCCACGUCAUCAAUUUCCGAUCACCAAAUCUCUACCCUAAAUCAUUCACAUGGGAUCCCAAAUCCCAGCACUUCAUCGUCGGCGGUAGCACACGUCAUCACCACCAGAACCUCAUCUCCGUCUCCGACGCUGGCGUCGUCCAUACCUUAAUCACCGACGCCACCCUCCCUCCUAACUCCUCCUUCCACGGCCUCACCAUCGACCGUCAAAACAACCGCCUCCUCGCCUCCAUCCACUGUCCUCCUUCCUCACCGGAAUUUCCAGCUCCUUUAAACUUCCUCGCUUCCUAUAACCUCCAAUCCAACCGCCGCCUCUUCCUCACCUCCCUCUCCGACGAAUCCCACCUCCUCGCGGUCGCUAACGACGUCGCCCUUGAUUACUACGGAAAUGCUUACGUCACCAACUCCGGAGCUGACGUCAUCUGGAAAGUCGACAUAAACGGCGACGUUUCUAUUUUAUCGCAAUCCAAAGCAUUUAAGGCAGCCAAACGUGGUUUAAACGGAAUUGUUCAUAGUUCGAGAGGAUACUUAUUCGUUGGCCAAUCAAACACGGGAAAAUUAUUUAAAGUCGACGUCGAUGACGGAACGGCAAGGGCCGUUACACUGAACAAGGAUUUAACGGCAGCUGAUGGAAUCGCCGUUAGAGAUGACGGAGUUUUAUUAGUUGUAAGUAAACGUACCUUGUAUUUUUUACGUAGUAACGAUGGGUGGGGUGCGGGAGUAGUAUUUGACGAAAUUGCCCUCGACACACGGAGGUUUGCUACGGCUGUGACAGUAGGAGAUCAAAAGAGGGCAUAUGUGUUAUAUGGACAUGUAACGGAGGGUAUAAAUGGAAAUGCAGAAAGAGAGGAGUUUAGUAUAGUUGAAGUGAAGUCAAAUGAAGAGAAUGAAGAAGAAUCUAUUUGGUUAUAUGUAUUAAUUGGAUUAGGAUUAACUAUUUUCUUUUUUUGGAGAUUUCAAAUGCAUAGAUUAGUGGAAAGAUUGAAUAAGAAAACAGUUUGA